ACAGUCCCUUGGCCCCAGCUCGUCCAUCUCCAGCCGCCGCCAAACGACCGUUGGAACCGGGCGGGUAGCGACUCGGUAACAGCCAGGAACUCUUCCCCUAACCCCUAAAUCCCGCCCUUCUCGUCCAGGCGGCGUCGCCGUGACGACGUGCUGCAAAGUGCGGCUGCGCAAGGGUGACGGAGCGCGGGCGCAGGGGAGGGAGUGUUUUGGUUCUAGCCGCUCGCCGUCUUUGCCAGACUCGGUUGUCGGGAAGCUUCUCCUUCCUGCUUCCCCUUCCCUUUCCCGGCCCCUAUCCUCCCUCCCUCAUCCCUUUUAUCCCUUUUGUCCGCCUCCCUUUAUUUUAUUUAUUUAUUUAUUUUACUGCCUCCCCGGGUCUGGGCCAUUUCCGGGCCGGGCGCACUAAGGUGCGCGGCCCUGGGGCCCGGUAUAUGACCCGCUGUCCUGCUACCCCUCGCUUCCCCCGCCCCAUGUGGCUGCGGGGCCGCGGUGGCGCUGCCCACUAUGGCCCGGAAAGCAGUUAGCAGGAAGCGGAAAGCGCCCGCCUCGCCAGGAGCUGGGAGCGACGCUCAGGACCCGCAGUUUGCCUGGGAUCACUCGCUUCACAAAAGGAAAAGACUCCCCCCAGUGAAGAGAUCCUUAGUGUACUACCUGAAGAACCGGGAAGUCAGGCUACAGAGUGAAACCAACUUCUCUCGAGUGUUACAUGGUUAUGCAGCACAGCAACUUCCCAGUCUCCUGAAGGAAAAAGAGUUUCACCUUGGGACCCUUAAUAAAGUGUUUGCAUCUCAGUGGUUGAAUCAUAGGCAAGUGGUGUGUGGUACAAAAUGCAACACGCUAUUUGUAGUGGAUGUCCAGACAAGCCAGAUCACCAAAAUCCCUAUUCUGAAAGACCGGGAGCCUGGAGGUGUGACCCAGCAGGGCUGUGGUAUCCAUGCCAUCGAGUUGAAUCCCUCUAGAACACUGUUAGCCACUGGAGGAGACAACCCAAACAGUCUUGCCAUCUAUCGACUACCUACACUGGAUCCUGUGUGUGUGGGAGAUGAUGGACACAAGGACUGGAUCUUUUCCAUUGCAUGGAUCAGUGACACUAUGGCAGUGUCUGGCUCACGUGAUGGUUCUAUGGGACUCUGGGAAGUGACAGAUGAUGUGUUGACCAAAAGUGAUGCAAGGCACAAUGUGUCACGAGUCCCUGUGUAUACUCACAUCACUCACAAGGCCUUAAAGGACAUCCCCAAGGAAGACACAAACCCUGACAACUGCAAGGUCCGGGCGCUGGCCUUCAACAAUAAGAACAAGGAACUGGGAGCAGUAUCUCUGGAUGGCUACUUUCAUCUGUGGAAGGCUGAAAAUACACUGUCUAAGCUCCUGUCCACCAAACUGCCAUAUUGCCGUGAGAAUGUGUGUCUGGCCUAUGGUAGUGAAUGGUCAGUGUAUGCGGUGGGCUCCCAAGCUCAUGUCUCCUUCUUGGAUCCACGGCAGCCAUCAUACAAUGUCAAGUCUGUCUGCUCCAGGGAGCGAGGCAGUGGGAUCCGCUCAGUGAGCUUCUAUGAGCACAUCAUCACUGUGGGCACAGGGCAGGGCUCCCUGCUGUUCUAUGAUAUCCGAGCUCAGAGAUUUCUGGAAGAGAAGCUCUCAGCUUGUUAUGGGUCCAAGCCCAGACUAGCGGGGGAGAAUCUGAAACUAACCACUGGCAAAGGCUGGCUGAAUCAUGAUGAAACCUGGAGAAAUUACUUUUCGGACAUUGAUUUCUUCCCCAAUGCUGUUUAUACCCACUGCUAUGACUCGUCUGGAACGAAACUUUUUGUGGCAGGCGGUCCCCUCCCUUCAGGGCUCCAUGGAAACUAUGCUGGGCUGUGGAGUUAAUGACAACACAUUCUCUCCCAAAAUGCAGAGAUUUACACUAACUUUCAUCCUCAAUUUCCUUGUUUCUUCUUUUGAUUUUUUUUUUCCAAUUGUGUGAGGCUCUCAUAUUUUAGCGGGAACACCAGAGUUUGCCUAUGCCUUAGGCACUUUAUAGGAAGAAGCUCUGUACAGGAAUCUGAAGGGUUUCUUUCUCUUUUUUCCCUUUUGGUAAUCAGAAUUUUACUAUCCUUUUUUCUUUCUGGCUUCUCAACCAAACAUUGUUGCUAAUCCCUAUUUGUAUUUUUUCUUUAAGUGACACACACUCUCCCCACUCUGGCUUCUUUAGACAUAGUCAUUCUCACCCUUACUUCACUCUUAAGAGGUAGGGCUCCUUUAUAAUUAUGUGGUUGCUAUCAGACUUUCUGUGAAAGUUUGAGAGCCGUGUGUGUGUGCGUGUGUGAACUUGUGUGCCUGUAGGUACUAUGUGUCACGGAAAUUACCUGGAGUGAGGAUUACUUGUAAUUAAAAUAUUUAUAAAAGAAA